GCCACUUGCUAUAUGCUAGAGAGAGGGAGAGAAGGAAAAAGAAAUAGUAGGAAGGUGAUGGCACACGACACGAGUCAUCGAGGUGUCAUCGCCUUUCUCUAAGAAAGAGAAGGAGUUAUAUUCUUUUUAUUCUACCUUUUUCUCUUUUUUCUUUUUCUUUUUUUUCUUCUUCUUCUUCUUCUUCUUCGUUGACGUCUUCCUCAUCUUUUUUCACGAGGUUUCCUCCUCUUCUAGUGGGAGGUACUAAAAUUAGAGAAGACGGUGCGAAAAACGGUCCAGUCUUGUAGCUUCUUUCGAACACUUCCAAAUGAUCCUUCGUAGCGAUAACACGUUUUCGCGAGCAUCUCGCCGGUGAGUAGUUUGAUACAUACGGUUUAAAAAAACAGAACAAGUCGUUUCGUAAUAUCGAUCAUCGUAGUACCGUCAUGAGUCGCCGAAGAGAAAACCGACGUAUCUUGGUUCGAUUCUCAAACGGACGAUAAAUUACGAGCAAUCGAUUUUUAGAAAUCGAUGAAAGUUUUGGGAAAUUUCUAAAGUGGAUUCGUUUUGGCCACCCUUUCGAAAUGUCUCAAAUAUCGAUCCAUGGAAGAUUUAUAGUUAUUAUCAUUGUCGUCUGUACUAUCAAUCUUACGAAAGUUGAGGGUAGGAAGUGCGUCUGCACGAGCAAAGAUUGUAAAGAAGCUGGGGAAGACACCUGCGAGACAAAGUACUACUGUUACACCGAAUUGAUUCUCUUUACUGAUCAGGAAUUUGGGGAAAAUACGACCACGCGAGGAUGCACACAGAGCCCAACGCCAUUGUUGUGCGAGACAAAGUCUUGGGUCACGAGGUCAAAGCUAUCGACGUCGUCGUCGUCGUCGUCGUCGUCGUCGUCGUCGUCGUCUUUUGACGACGACGAGAAAGACGAGAUCGUUGAAAAUCGUCAUGUCUCGUCGACGAGACUUUGGAUACGUAUGUCCUGGCCAAGAUUAAAGUGUUGUGACAGUCAAGAUUAUUGUAACGCUGAUCAUCUCGGCGACUUGUCCACGUGGAUACGCGAAAGAGAAAAAGAAGAAGGGAAAAAGAGAAAGAAGAUCAAGGAAAAAGGAGAAAAAGUGGGAAAGGAAGAGAAAUUUUCAUUCGGAAGAAUGAAUCAAAAUAAUAAUUUAACAUCUAACGCAGGAAUAGAUCAAAACGACAAUUUAGAAUCGAGCAAUAAAUUUAACCAAAAUAACAAUCUGAUAUCGCUAAACUCAAAUAGGUCGUUCACAAAUUCUUCGAGUAGCAGUCAAAAUCAAAUUAUUUCGAUCUCUUCGGAGUCGAUAUCAACGAUCAACGAAAAUCUUGAUUCAAAUCAUUUUCUGCAACAUCGGGUAAGGCCGCUCCACGUCGCUGUUUUUGUACUUGCUAUAUCUGCAUUGAUAUCCGUCCUGGCUGCCUGCUACGUCAUUAUGAGAGCUUUAUCUUCUCUACGUCGUACGAGUAGGAAGGAUAAGAAAAAUGCUUUGCUAAAGGAAACAUGUUGGAGGAAUAUUUUGCGACUCGAGUUGCCGAUAAUCUUGGAAUAUAAUAAAUGUUAAGGUUCUUGAAGAAAAAUUCGUACAUAACUGACAGCAUGGAAUAACAAUGUGAUAUAUCAAUGGAUAUAUUGCUUCUUAUUUAAUUCUUUAAUAUAAAACUAGGAUGACGAAUCAAGAAGUUUCGUCCUAUUUGAAAAAUUUGUCUUCAGCGUGGGUCGUCGGGGCAUAACACAUGGAUGGCUACGAGACAAAGAAUAUUUCGUGAAGCACUCGACGGAGACAGUUUCCUGGCAAACAUAACGACUCGUUUGGCGCCUAUCUCUAACGUUCCUAUGUGCAUCAUGACGCAGCCAUGUGGAGACCAAUGUCCUUCGAAAUUCCAUCUACUUAGAAAACAGGGACUAAAGGUUUUACGAACAUUGGUACCAGGUGUUCCAACGAUUUUAAUAUUAUUAGUCAUCGUUAGGGUAGCUUUCCUAACACUCGAAAAGGUUAUAAAUGCUCGUCGAAAGAAAGGGAAACUCGAAACUUGAAUGUAGAAAUCGUUUUCGUAUGAUUAUGAGAACUACUUUUUUUUAAUUUUUCUCUAUCGUUCGAUUGUGCGAUUGUCACACAUCGAAACUAUUCUAAAGCGUUAUAGCUUUUUCUUCUAUUUAUAAAUAGCGUGUAAAUAACUGCAAUUGUAAAUGCACGUUUAUACCAUAUAUAUAUAUAUAUAUAUAUAUAUAUAUAUAUAUAUAUAUAUAUAUCUUAUGAUCGAUGAGAUUCGUAAAUUAAUUGAUUCGUGUUAACAGAGUGUUCCUUAAGUACUCUUAAUAUCUUAUUGCUACGUGUUAUGCUUCGAGAAAAAUGUUAGGAGAUUUGUACAAAUCUGUUGUUUAUUACGAAAUUUUAUAGCGAUUACUCAAAUUUAACUACGAGUACUUGAGUAACACUCUUUAGAGAUAUGAGUAUAUAAAAGCGAUUUAUAUUUUUUGAAUAAGUAUAAAAUAUUUAAUUAAGCGCGAUUAAAUUCAAUCUCGUUUCGAUAGUCGAGUAAUUAUCAAGGAAGGAAUACGUAUAUUUUGCAAGUGUGCGAUACCGAAAUAAUCGAGCAUGAUUUAAAUUCAAGCAGAAAAAGCGUGACAAGAUGAAAAAGAGCGGCCGAACGAGCAAGCGAGAGAGAGAGAGAGAGAGAGAGAGAGAGAGAGAGAGAGAGAGAGAGAAGACUGGUCGUGGCGCGUUCGAUUUGUUGGCCUAAAUGAGUCACGUAGAAUGCAACAAGACGGGAAUAAGAUCUUACGGAGCGAAUACAGGCCGUCCGACGGUAGCUGGCAUCCGGGAACUUGAGUUGGACAGCGCUCUACGAUCAGAUAUGUCGAGUGAAAAGUAAAUAUAUUUAGUGAGAAGGACUUCACUAGAUAGAUUUACCAACACAUCCAUUCAAAUGAUCUCUCGGAAGUUUUUGCUAAAGGAAACUUUCUUGCUCUUUUUCUGUGAAUACUUUCGUUGAGAAGCAACAUAAAUCAACGAUAAAGUUUCUUCCUCCAUAAUUUUUGAGAAUGUUCACUAUCAGGAUUCUAACACGAUUUCAGAGAUAUAUUUUUCCAAUAUGCAAAUAAGAGAAAGAGAGAGACUUAAAGAGAUCGGUCUACCACGGUUAUUAAGAAUCGAUAACACAAACGCAAGGACAAAUCUCGAGAGUUUCAAUUUAUAUUCCAGAAUAUCCAGCGUGACGUAUAAAAUAUAUAUAUAUGUGCGUGUACAAUACAAACGUACCACUAAAUAUAACAACUCGACACGUUUUGCGAAGGCGUACAAGCAACGCACUCGUUUAUGUAUUUCCUUCGCAUUCGCUUAUCCUUGCAAGUUGCGCUUAACGCGAAGGAACGAAUAUACGGGAACAUUUUCCUUGGCCACUCUUGCUAUCGAGGAGUAAAUAUAUUGUACGUACCCCUAUCUAUAUAUUAAUGUAUAUAUUUUUUCUCGAUAUCUUUGAAGAUUUGCGAGAAUGCCCCAUGAUGAACUUUGCUCGUGAUGGGAGAGAAAGAGAGAGAGAGAGAACUGAACGAGAACGUUGAGAAUUUCGUGUCGGUAAUAAAAUUUAAAGAAGAGUCGCCGAGACUUCAGAUAAUACGAUUAAAAAAAAUACAGAUAAAGAGAGGGGGAGAGGAAGGGAGAGAGAGAAAGAGAGAGAAAGAGAUAAGGCAAACUCGUCGAAAGCUUGCCGUUGUUUUAUUUGUGCAUGCACACAUACUAGUUAUAUAUAUGUAUUGUGUGUCCAUAUGUCACAGAUGUAUAAUUGUGUAUAUACGAAUAUAUUAUGUGGAUAUGUGUGCGAACUAAAAGGGCGCCAAGAUACUUUUGCCCCUCGUACACGUUACAACACCCGCCUCGCUGGAGCGAUAAAGGAAUUACAAGAGUACGAAUACAAGCGCGAACGCCGGCGCGAUAAAAGGAAUUUGAAUUUCCUGAAGCGUGAGAGCAAAGAUACUACGCGGCAAUAAUACGGGCCAAUCGUAAAACAUCUGUUCAUCUGUUCUUAUUUUUCUAACGUUCUAUCGGUUCUUCUUCUUUUUCUUUCCUUUUUUCUUUUUUGUUUUGUUUUAAAAGAAAUUAAAAUAUCCAAAUUUGAAAUUUAUCAAAUCUUUCCAAACGUUCGUAAUAAAAAUUAUCAUAUGAAUUAAUAUCCUAUUGUCCGAUAUUCUUAUUUCAAAUAAAAUUGAAGAGUCAAUUGCGGUUAGGAUGAUGAGAUUCUAGUAGCGGCAUUAAUGGCUCACGAAUUACUCCUGUCCAAACAAUAUCGAUCCACCUCACGAAAUCAUUUUACCUUUGUAUCGAUAACGAGCGAAACGAAGAAAAGGGAUGGUCGGCUUGUUUUAUUUAUCUGUCUAUAGGUCUAUAUACAUACAUACAUACAUACAUACAUACAUACAUACAUACAUACAUACAUAUAUAUAUAUAUAUGUAUAUAUAUAUUCCAUUAAAGUGGGCCUUGUUGUAGGACGUAAAGAGUAGGGGAGAAGAACGCCCCGAACCGGUCCUCGAUCUCUCUUUUGGGCCAGGUGCCCAGCGUGGAAUCAAAAGUAAUGUCCCUAACUGAAUGGCUUGACCACCGUACUCGUUUCGCUCGACUAAAAUCAAUCACUCCGCUUAAGCGCAGCGAUUCGACGAGCUCUUUCCACUGUUAGAUUUACCGCGAGCAUCAGCCCCGUCCAGUAUCUUUGGACGAGCAAACAUCUUAGAUAAAUAUCUCUACCUUGUCUAACUCGUCUUUCUACCUUCCUCCUGGAGAAUGACUCCGGCAAGAUGACUUUUUUUUUAUACUUUUGCUACCGAUUCUCUUAUAUGAUCGCAUGCUUUUGUCAUCAUCCUAACGAAUUCCAAGUUUCAAUAUUUCGAUAUUAUACAAUUCGAUCUUGUUUGGUCAAUGUUAUCGAGAUAUAAACGACUUAAUCAAGGA